AUGCCUCCACCUCCCGGCGGACCCGGCCCCAAUGUCCACCCUUUGCCCAUGGCACUGCCACCUGCGAUGUUCCUUCUACUCGCCCCUGUGGAUCAUUGGGGCAUCACCUUUGAUCUGCGAACGAGAGUCAUGCAAGAACCGCCCCCGGACGGAUGGGGGGUCCGCCGUGGGACCAUAUAUGCUAGGAUCAAGAAGCAGCUCAUACGGCGUGGAUAUAUCCAUGUCCAAUACUCCGUAUACAAUCACCCUCAGGCCAGCGGUCUCAGGGUCUUCAUGGACAUGUGUAGUUUGCGCUCAAUUGAGCCCAUUGGUAUCUUCUCGACAGCCGUCACAGCCAUCGAGAUGUUCCGCAUCCAAGAUCAGACAAUGAUCGCCACUGAUCUACUGCGGCUUGGGGGUCAACUUUCUCCUCAUCUGUUCGGGACCACUCCGACAAAUCUCAUACCAAAUAACAUCCCCUCCGUGCCGCAUCCUUUGGAUCCAGAUUGGAGUUGGUAG